UUAGUGUAAUUCUUGAGUAUUGUAAUCAAUCCAUGUUUUUCCCCUUUACAAGCAUGCCAAUUUGAUGUUAAUCGUGUAGUUCAUUUGCUACUUGUUAAUAACCAUGACAAAUUGAUGUUACUUUGCAAUGAAAUUGAAUUAUGUUAUGCCAAGCAUGCUAUAUGUUUGUAAAUUGGUAUCAACUUAAUUUUAUAAUUUUAACUUUAAAUGACUGUUUUACUCUUGUGAGCCUUAGGGCUCGAGCGUGAAACCGAAGUCGGUGAUAUCACACUUUCAUGAUCUGAUGUGAUUAGAAAGGACCGGUAUGUCUUCAUUUUGACAUCUAACACCUAGUAAGAUGUAUGAUAACCUUUUUAUCUUUGAUUGGUCUCGGGUUCAGUAAGAACUCAUUAACGACUCGGACCCAUUCGAUUUGGGUCGUGACACUUCAAGUCUUAAAAAUGUUGGAGAGAGAGAGUAUAUAUAGGCUUAGAGAGUCCUAAAACAGGCAAAAAGAAGUUUUAAAAUUGUGCAAGUUCAACCCUAAAAGUUCUGGUAAAAAUAGAAAACUAAAAAGAUACCAAACUUUGAUUUUUUGCACAUUAGGCAAGUGUAACAGAGUUUUGCUGGGACUGUUACUGGUAAUACAGGUACUUCAACGGUUCAACCGGUUGUAAAUAAAGGUCAACCAGUUGUUGUUCUGUUUUGUCGCAUUUGAAUGAUUUUCUUUUCUUCAAAAAAGAAAAGAAGAAAAUAUAUUAUGUCUCACGUGAGGUGAAAUACGAGACCGACCCGUCAAACCAUUUCUGAUUGAGCUAUUCAGGGUUAUACGUACAAAGCAUCUUCUUAGUUCCGAGGAGAUAGAAAUGUCCAAGGUGGACCCGAAUUCUAUCCUGGAAAUCUUAUCCGGUUUUAUGCAAUGCAGCUCCACCAAUAAUGAUUACACCACUAUAUAAUCUAUCCAACACAACUACAAAUCUUUCAUCUAAGUCGAGCAGAAACUUUUUCGUCGAAUGACAAAUGACAAAUGAAGUGUUACAAAUGACACCAGAUCUGUGACGUCAGCAAUAAUUUAAUAUAAAGUAGAAUUAUACUUCAAGGAGAUAUCCAUGCUGGCCGCAUUUUAACACCAUCACCAUCCCACGUUUUUCACACACAAGGAGAGAGAGAGAGAGAGAGAGAGAGAGAGAGAGAGAGAGUGUUCGCUCUAUAAAUCUCUUUUAUUGGAAGAGAGGGAGCACUUUUCAUUCCUGAGAUCAGAGGGGAAGGAGGAUAGGAGGCGUACAUGUUCUUGGCAGCUAGUAGUGAUACAACUACCUAACGCAUCGACCCGACAUGGUGCGUUGUACCACUGCCAGUAAUACUGCUCGAAAGGAUGACGUUGAAUUGGAUAAGAGAAGUGCUGUGCUAUACAAGGCUCUAAUGAAAGAAGAGACUCCGAGCAAGUUGGUUGAACUGUGUCAACGACGCUACCAAUAUCCGGAGGGUCCAUUGCACGUUUUAACCAUACACGGUGACACAGUACUUCAUAUGGCUGCACACACUGCCAAAGCGGACUCCGUAAUUCAAUUGCUAGAGAUGUUGCCUGAGAAUGAAAACUGCAAGCUUACCCGUCAAAAUGCAGUUGGAAACACAAUCCUACACGAGGCCGCGACUUGCAACAAAUUAGUCCCAGCCGCCAAGAAAAUGCUAGAAAUGGCACCUGACUUGUUAAAUAUGCGCAACCAUAUUGGAGAAACAGCUUUUUUCAAUGCAGCCCGCUAUGGCCAAAUUGAGAUGUUUCUAUUUCUUGGUACCAAAGUGGGUGAUCAAAAUAUUGAAGGUGAAGCAGUGCCGCGCAAGACAUUUUACCAGAGGGACGACAAUGCCACUGUGCUACACAUUGCUGUUAUCUUUGGACAUUUUGAUUUGGCCCUUUUGAUUGCAAAGCAGUGUGAAUAUUUGGUUGCUGAAAGAGACGAACAUGGAAUGACCACUCUUCAGCGUCUUGCAUGUAAUUCAGCGGCAUUUGAAACAAGGAAUGCAGGAUCUUGGAAGCGUCUUGUCUACAGCUAUGCAUGGGUUUGGAAAGUGCCUCUGUGGGAAGCAAUUAGGAAGGAAAUGCUAAAAUAUGAAUCAGCCGAGAAACUUGCCCACUUCUUAGUAGAAUUAGAUAAUACAUCAUGGAAGCUUAAGCAAACUAAUCAUCUAGAAGUUGAGCCAAGUGAGAACCAAAACAAUGGAUGGACUUCAAUAUCAUCUUCAUCAGCUUCCUUCAAGAUUGAUGGGGAGAAAAGCAAUAGUACAGAAACACCAUUAUUUUUGGCAAUUAAAGCUGGGUGUGUGGAUAUUGUUGAGAUGAUACUCCAAUUGUACCCUCAGGCAGUUGAGCAUGUUGAUGGCAAUGGGUGCAACAUUUUACAUAUAGCCAUCAAAUAUCGACAACUAUGGGUCUUUGAUGUGUUGCAUCAAGUGGGAAUUCCUUGGAGGAGGCUUAUUGUGCGAAGAGACAGAGAUUUGAAUACCAUUCUACAUAUGGUUGGACAAGAUUGUAUAUUCGAACCAGUGCUGGGAAACUUUAUUGUCCAAUUGCAAAAUGAUCUGCUCUUAUUUGAGCAUGUAAAGAAAAUUUGCUCAUCAUGUUCAAUAGAUUCAAGUUUGUGUCGCAACCGUGAAGGGAAGACUGCUGAAGAAGUAUUUGUUAAGAAUAAGGAACAUCUUCGCAUGAAAGCUGUAGAACAGGUGAAGAACAGAAUAGAAAGCUGCUCAUGGGUUGGUGUGUUUGUCUCCGCUGUUGCCUUUGCGGCAGUGUACACUGUACCAGGAGGUUUAGAUCAAGAAACAGGCGUUCCAAUAUUUCUCAACCACCCAUUCUUUCUCAUUUUUAUCAUCGCCGAUGCCCUCUGCAUUUUGUGCACUCUCAUUUCAUUGGUUUUGUUUUUCUCAGUCCUCAUUUCAUGGUUUCGCUUCCAAGACUUCAAGCUCUCUGUUCCAGGAAGGAUAGCAGCAGGUAGUACAGUUCUAAUUUUCUCAGUGUCAAUGCAGGCAUUGGCAUUUGGGGCGUCCGUCGUCCUUCUAGUACAAGAGGGAGAACAGUGGACAAGAAUUGGCUAUUACACAGUUGCAUUCCUCCCCUUUACCGUCAUGUCUGUCUCGUUCGUGCCUUCCUAUUUAUUUCUUGCGCGAAUGCUGCUAAUGUCCAACAUCUAUAUAGCAGGAGGAGUUACAGGACCUCGAUAUAGCCGCUUUUCUUUUCGAUCUUGCAUCAAACGUUUAUUCUGCUUCGGUAAAUUUAUAACAUCACCUCCCUCCAGCAAAACUCCAGUUGAACAAACUACUCCUCCUGUUGUUUGAAAUCAAGGCCGAAAACACCUUCCUAUCCUGCUAGAUGAGAUGAUAUAUCCUUUCUUUUAUAUAUACAUAUAUGCAUGCUCUCUCCAGUCUUCCAGGUAUUAAUUGUUACAAUUAAAUUUCCUUUUACAAUGUCGAUUGAUUCCUUGUAGUACGGUUUUAAAACUUUCACUAUAUAUGUACUUCUUUUAUUAUGACGAAUAUACGGUUUCAUUAUGUAUUUUUAAAUUAUCAUUAUCAUGCAAA